CUGAAAUGUCAAUCAAAGAGAUUAAUCUCGACCUUUUUAUUCAAUGUGGCUUGCAGUAGUGAGGAAUUCGGGAGACACUCAGUGUUGUGGCGCAUUGCAAAUCUCCCUUUUUCUACGCCAACACUUUCAAAGGGUCAAAAUGUUUGAAGCAUCCCUUAAAGGGGAUUAUCUCCCUUUUCGACUAAAUAUGUAAUCCCCGCUACAAAUCCGAACCGCCAACUUUCUCCAUUUUCCAGACCCUCUUCAACUACUACCCUCUCCACGAGCAAGCAUGACGAUUAUCACAAGGAUACGCACCUCUAAGCCCAGGCGAGCUAUUCUCGUCACUGGUGGGGCCGGCUUUAUCGGCUCCCAUCUUGUUGAAGCUCUUCUUGCUGAGGGCGGUUGGAGAGUCGUCGUUGUUGACAACUUUGACGAGUUUUACUCCCCCGAGAUCAAGCGCGCCAACCUUGCACCCCAUCUUCUCAACCCGAAUCUUAAGGUUUACGAAGCCGACAUUGAAGAUCUCGAGGCCCUUCAGACUAUUUUCGCUGAUAAUGGCUUUUCCGCUAUUGUUCAUCUGGCAGCCCGCGCCGGUGUUCUUCCUUCUUUGAGCCAGCCCAACAAAUACUUCGAUACCAAUGUCAAUGGCACUCUGAACCUGCUUCAGUGUGCUAGAGAGUUUGGUGUCAAGCAGUUCCUUUUCGGAUCAUCUUCGAGUGUAUACGGUCUUGGUGCUAAAGCUCCUUUCUCCGAGAACUACAAGAGCACGCAACCUAUCUCGCCCUACGCAGCAUCCAAAUCGGCUGGUGAACUGCUUUGCCACACAUACUCUCAUCUCUAUGACAUUCGCUGCAUCUGCCUCCGUUUCUUCACCGUCUAUGGCCCCCGUCAGCGCCCAGACCUUGCAAUUCACAAGUUCACGAGGCUCAUCCACCAAGGCAAGCCCAUUCCUCUCUUUGGAGAUGGCUCCUCGCGUCGAGAUUAUACUUAUGUCGAUGAUAUCAUCGAUGGCAUCUUCGCUGCCCUUAAGUAUGAUGGAUCUGGCUACGAGAUCUUCAACCUUGGAGAGUCGCAGACAAUUCAGUUGAGAGAUCUCAUUGGUGCUCUUGAGGAUACUCUGGGACGCAAGGCGCGCAUUGAUAGAAAGGGAGAGCAAGCCGGCGAUAUGCCCAUUACUUAUGCUGACAUCUCCAAGGCGGGGGCUAUGCUUGGAUACAAGCCCAAGACACAGGUCCAAGAGGGUGUUGUCAAGUUUGUCGCUUGGUAUCUCAGUCAAUGUGGCCCCUGAUGCGGGACCUUUUUCAUGUGUACUACAGGUGAUUGCUUCUAACGGUCCGAGGUUCGGGUUUUUGGGUAUACAAUAAUUAUGGAAUAAUGGAGUAUUUGCGUUUUGUUAGGUUUUCUUAGUCUGUCAGUCUUCAAUUAUAACGAUUGCAAACGCUAGAUAUCGACCAUGGUGACUUGCUCACUGUUGACUAGAAUAAGGAAG